GGGGCGAGCGCGUGAGCGAGGGGGCCGGGAGCCGCGGGGCGAGUGGGGGCCGAGGCCGGCCUGGAGGGGGUGUUUCCAAGGCUGGGAUGCACGUGUGUGUGAUGAAGGCGGCGGCGCUUCCGUGCAGUCACUUUGCGAAGUUAGCUCUACUGCCGAGCACGUACCUUCCCCGUCUGCUCCUCACAUAACGCUCCGUCGUUCUACAGCAGUUCUGUAGAUUUUAUUUUAUUUUAUUUUAUUUUUUUUUUACUGUGUGAGAGUAUGGUACGUAUGUAAUGUUACAUGUAUUGCAGUGCUUGAGUAAAACCCAUCUUUCAUUUAAGGUCAGGAAAAAAUAUGACAGAAAAAGCCAAUGGCGAUGAUUUUCCCAUUGGGGAUUCUCACAAGAAGAGAAAGAGAAAACGCAAAUGGUCCAAUGUGUCCAGCGUGGACCAUGAAAAUGGUGAGAAAGAAAGUGUACAGGAUUCAGAGCUCAGCUGCGCUUCUCCGCAGCACUUGGAAGAUCAAGCAGCACAGAGCAGCGAAGUCUCUAAAAAGAAGAAGAAAAAGAAGAAGAAAGGAGAGGAGCAACAGCCUCUGUUAGAGAAUUCUCUUGCAGAACUGAAACAUGAAGUCGGUAAUGAAACUCUGAUGGAUGCUCCCCAGAAGAAAAAGAAAAAGAGGAAGCGGAAGCUCAAUGAUGGUACAGAUAGUCAUAAUGAUGUAGCUUGUGUCUCCGUAAAUCAGAAUUGUAUUGAUAGUUGUCAGGAGAACGAUGAAGAUAACGUGUAUUUUAAAAAGCCUGUUAAGAAGAAAAGGAAACGGAAAUCGCCAGAAGAGGAUGGGGUAAGUGAGUUGCCUGCUUCAGAAACAUAUGGUGAAACUGGCAGCAAAAGGCCGAAAAAGAAGAAGAGAAGAGCGAGUAGUACCCAGGAUGCACAGGAGGACAGUGAUGUAACUGUUGACCAGUCACUUCUGUCACCUCCAGACCAAAAUAAGCAAGAGGAGCUCACGGGGUCACCACGCACCACAGGGCAGGGUGGUGUGGCAGCGUCGCAGCGUGGAGGCAGUGCCUGGGGUGCUGUCAGUGAAGAUUCUAUGGAUGCACCCUCUGAUUCCUCCAAAUCUUCUGAAAAAGCUAAGAAGUCUCGCAGAUGGGCUGGAAAGGUUGUAAAAAGCAGGACUUUUAUCACGGAAGACAGUUCUUCAGAAUCGGACGUAGCGAUGUCAGAAACCACAACAUCAAAUAAAAAGGAAGACCAGAAUAGUUCGUUUACUGAAACCACAGCUACUGAUGAGCUCAGUCUGGAUGAUGAAGAGUUCCUGCACAUGUUUACAGUCUUGGAUUUAGAUACUGCAAAACAAGAAUUGGAGGAGUUUAUUCCUCACGUGGGUCAAUUGUCUGACCAUUCAAUCAGGAAGAUGGCUGGAAGAGACCUCAUGAGAUUUAAACAGUUUAAAAAACAAGGUAUCGCUAUCAAGUUUGGGAGAUUUUCCCAGAAGGAAAAUAAUCAAAUCAGGAAAAAUGUUGAAGAGUUUUUAUCAAUUACUGGGAUAGACAGUGCUGAAAAGCUCCUGUUUACCUCGAGGUAUCCGGAAGAGAAAGAAGCUAUCAAUCGCCUAAAAGCAGAGCAUCUUUUUUGUGAAAAACUUGCUGAGGGCAUACCACGAGCCUGGAGACUUAUAUAUUAUCGAGCAAGGAAGAUAUUUGACCCAAAUAAUUACAAAGGGAGGUAUACUAAAGAAGAAAAAGAAAAAUUAAAGAAGUAUCAUGCUCUCCAUGGCAACGAUUGGAAGAAGAUUUCUGAGAUGAUGUCCCGCUCUAAUCUCUCAGUUGCCAUGAAAUACUCUGAAAUCAAGUCGCCAAUUAAUUAUGGUCCUUGGUCAAAGGAAGAGAUCCAGAAGCUGAUGCAUGCAGUGGAGGAAGUGAUUGUAAAAAGAACAAAAUUGGAAAAUGCAAAUUCUCUUUCAUCGUCAAAAAAAUCACACAGAAAUCUCCGAAUUGACCGUGAGAAACUUUUCCAGAAAUUGCCAUGGACUGAGAUUGAAACUAAAGUGGGAACUAGGUAUUGGAGACAGUGUAAGCAGAAAUGGACUUCAAUUUUAACCAACAAGAUUACCAAAGGGCAGCAGUUACACAAAGGGACCAAAGGAUUACAGGCCAGCAUCAACCUUAUUAAAAGGUUGUAUGAAAUGAAAGUGGAGGAUGCUAAUGAAAUAAACUGGGAAGAACUCAGUGAUAUUAUUGGAGAUGUUCCUGGAAGCUACGUUCAAGCAAAAUUUUACAAGCUAAAAGUCUCCCAUGUCCCUUUUUGGCGUACAAAGACUUUUUCUGAAAUUAUUGAUUAUCUUUUUGAAGAGACGCUUCCGGAACUUGAACAAAAGUUGGAAAAGAGGAAAGCGAAACAGUCUAACUCUAGUGAUUCAACAGUCAAUCCAAAGAAAAAGGUUUUCCAACUCAGUGAGGUUUUUGACUCCAGUGAAGAGAGUGAUGACUGACUGCCUUAAAAACAAUUCAACAGCGUAUUUAACUGCCAAAGGGAUCUGCUGGAAAGGGGGUGCAGAUCAACAACUGCAGGUACAUGGGCUAUGAAAUAAUGGAAAAGCAAGAAUAUAGGCACAUCUGCUUUUCUUGUUUUGUAUUGAAGACUGAGGUAAAUACAGGUUUUCUCAUGCCACCUUUUGUUACCGUAAUGUAGCUUUGUUUUAGAAGACCUUUUCUGUUUGCAACCAAGUUUCUUUCUGAAAGUCUCAAAAAUAGAUGUUUUUUUUCCACUGCUUUAUUUUCUGUGGAGGUAGAAACUUCAAUGUGAUCUUAACUCUAAAAUAUAAACAAAUCUCCAGGCAUCUGUGGUGAUGGAAACAGCACAACUGUGCAAGGUCUUAUGCUUAAAAGCAACUCAUUUUAUUUUUGUUGUACAUUUAAGCUCUUUUAGAGAAAAGGGAUGUUUUUCUCCAUUAUAAUCAUAAACUGUGCCAUCAUUUUGUGUAAAUCAGAACAAAGCAUUUAAAAUGUUUUUGUUAAUAUCUGGAAUAUAGAGAGAAAACAGACUGUGUAUAUGUAUAUACAUAAAUAUAUAUAUGCACAUAAAUAUUUUUUUUAUUGCACCAAGGCGAGUUUUUACAUUUUGAUAUGAAAAUUAAAGGUGGAGGUUGCAUCUCCUGUCUUUGUAUGAUCUCUUAAUAAUUUGCCUAAAAGUUAUUUGUAAACUGACUCAGUGAAUGUAAUAUAAUUUUACUGUGUGUAUAAAGUAUUUGUAUGGCUUGUCUAUAUUUCAUAUAUGCUGUGUUAGAAACUAAUACAAGAAGAAUUGGUCCUGA